UUGUAGGUACACGGUUGCGGCGAAACGCGUGGGCGCACACACACUGUCACAAACGUGAUCUGCGAUUGCACGAUUCGUGGUGAUUCAUUUAGUUGUUAUCACUCCGUGCUACCGGGCUACCGGAGUAUCAUCAAAAUAUUACAUUUAUUUAUAUAAUAUAUACCAUCUAGUUUUUCAUAUUAUUUUGUUAUUAUGUAAGAUAGGUAUUGGCUUUAAAUUUGCACACAUUGUAUCAUUAUGGUAUCAUAUAUCAUCACAUAUGUAUAUAUAUAAUUUAUUAUCGUACUUUAUGUAUAAUCGUGAUAAGAUUGAGAAGAAAAAAAGUGAAACCAUCACAAUAUACAACUACUGUGCGAACGGCAAAUAAGCAAGCUAUCAGGUAACGAUUAACAACGCAUACCGCAUACGACACACGGUGAUGGGCGGUAAACGGCCUUCGAAUCUUAAUGCAGUUGUUUCUCAGCGCGUAUUUUUCUGGUAAAAUAAUUGAAAAUAAUAAUUCGUAUUCGGUCCAAGAUGACGAAUGAGUGUGCAACACUGCCACAUUUGUAUGUGGACAUGUGAAUUGAGCGCACGCGACUUGCAGUGUGUUGUUAAUUGAGGAAGACGAUAUCACCGUGUCAAUCUAGACAUAGUCUAGUAGACUAGUGGCCGCGAUGGACGAAAACGACAAAGCCCCGUCGUCGAUGGUCAUCGGAUACUGGAUGUCCGACAGAAAGAGCCAGAAACUCAAUUGGAUCGAAUUUGGAAAAGUGUGCAGGCAGCAUGGAUAUGAAUUAGUGAAAUUGGAUCUUGAAAGACCAUUAGAAGAUCAAGGGCCAUUUGCAGUAAUUUUACAUAAACUUACUGAAAUAAUUGCCAGAAACGAUGAAAAGGCAAUUCAAAUCAUAGAUAGAAUUGAACAGUAUAUUAAGAAUCAUCCAAAAGUAUUAAUCAUUGAUCCAUUAGAUAGUGUUCGUACCUUGCUCGAUCGCUACAAAACGUAUAAUGUCGUGUUGAACACCACCUUGAACAAUAUUGAUGUUUUUACACCAACAUUUGUGGAAAUUCUGUCAACCAAUGUGAAAGAGAAUAUUAAAAAACUAAAAAAUGCUGGAGUCACGUUUCCAUUCAUUUGCAAGCCAUUUGUAGCUCAAGGUACAACUUACUGUCAUCAGAUGUCUGUAAUUUUUAAUGAACGAGGUGUAGCUGAUUGUAAGCCUCCAUGUGUCGCUCAAUCAUUCAUUAAUCACAAUGCAAUUUUGUACAAGCUGUAUGUGGUUGGAGAUCAUUAUCAAAUGGUUGAGAGACCAUCAUUAAAAAAUUUUUAUGCUUCAAAUGAUGAUCGAGAUACUAUUACUUUUGAUAGUCACUCUGUGUCUAAAUCAGAUUCAAGUAGCGAACUUAGUGUACUUGAUCCUUCUGAAAGUGCCAAAGGAUCUUCCAUAGAUCCAAUAAAAUUGCAUUCUAUUGUCAAAACUCUCGGCAGUUAUCUAAACAUGUCUCUAUAUGGUGUUGAUAUUGUUGUUGAAAAUGAUACUAAUCGGCAUGCAAUUAUUGAUAUUAAUGCUUAUCCUGGUUAUGAUGGAUUUCCAGACUUUUUUGGGAAACUUAUAGACUGUGUAAUAUCAAGACGUGCUCAAUCAGUAUGCUCUAAAGCAUAUUUUGAAGACUCUGGAUUUGAUACUAGUGAUUCUAGUGAUGAAAAAAAAUCUCGCGCCAAACUGAAUUCAAUUAAUCAAUAUAAUUAAAACUGAUCAAUUAAUCUUUGCCUAAAAUUUGUAUACUUAUUUUUUGUGUAUACAUUUUAUAUUUCGUCAAUCUGAUUUUUUAAUCUAUUUGAUAAGUUAAAUGUAUUGUUAAUACUUCUAUUAGGUUUUUUUUUUUAUAAAUAAUUGUUUUACAAUCUGAACUGUUCAUGUUGCAGAACACCAAGAUUUUAAGAUAAUCAUAUUAAAAAUAAUUGAUAAAAAUAUUUUUAUACAUAUAUAUUUAUAAUAAAAAAAAAAAAAAAUACAAAUUAAGUAUGUUUUCCAGUUGAAAUAUAUUUUUCAAAUAAUUUGCUGAUAAAAUGUGUUUACUCAAUGAGUAAUAUUAUUGCUUGCUGACUUUUGCAAGAUGUUUUUACAUUAAUCAUUAAUUUUCCCUUUAUUCAUUAAUUGUUGAUAUUGGUUAUUGCAAUAUAUUAUCAAUUUUACUUUGAUUAUAUAUUAAAUCACCUGUUAACAACUUUUAUCCGUAACUGUCAAUUAAUUAUUGUUUAAAAUUUAAAUUUACUGUAUAAUGAUUAAUAAUUAAGGCAAUUUUAGGUACUUACAUAAGUAUGAUGUUUGUGCCAAAUUUAACUUUUGACAUUGUCGAAUUAUAUUUGAAAAAUUGAAUUUAAAUAAAUAUAUACCCAUGUAUAUAUAUUAUAUAUAUUUAAUAUGAUGUUUAAUGUAAAAAUCUUAAUAGUGUACUCACUAUUCAUAACUACCCUUAAUUGUUUAUUUCUGUAUUGUUGCACAAAUAAAAUGUUAAAGGCCUGAGUUUUA